AUGGCUCCUCAGCCUCCUCAAUGGGUCAUAGAUGUCUGGGAAUAUUGCAAGAAGAACAUCAUCCCGGAUGUCUUCAUUAAGAGGAGGCUCAAUUUUAUUACAGUGCAUUACCUAUACCUGAUAGGAAUGUCACUCUUGUUGUCGGUUCUUAUAUAUGUGCAAGGGGAAAUGUCCUACAUCGACGCUCUGUUCUUUGCAUCUGGGUCUUGCACACAAAGUGGCCUCAACACCAUCGACGUGAAUUUGGUUCAUACAGGCCAGCAAUUCCUGUUUUACUUUGGAGCCAUGGUCUGCAAUCCCAUUGUCAUACAUUCUGCAGUGGUCUUUGCACGCUUGUAUUGGUUCGAGAAGAGAUUCAAAGACAUAGUGCAGGCAUCCAAAACGUUGAGACGCACGAAAUCCCGGUCAAGAACCAACACCUUUAACAAAGAGGAAGCUGAAGCAGCCCAGGAGCCCGUGGGUGUGAGAGGGCGGGCUAUCAAAAUCCUACGGAAUACUGGUCACCAUGAAUCUUCUGUGCGCAAGAAAGGCGAAGGUGGAAAUGAGGCCAACGGGAAAGCUCUCGAGUCCUCGAAAACCUCUCCUCGUGACAGCGACGACGGGGGACGAACGUCAAUCCAAGCGGACGAAUUGCGCCUUCGGCGGAGCCGGUCAACGGACGAUGUCCGGCUACCGCAACAGUUGAGCCCAGAACAGCACAUCCGGUUCCUGGAAAAUCAGCGGAACCCAUCAGACACCACCACAUUAAGAAUCCCCAGUCCCCGAGAAUUCGAGCUUGGUAGUCGACCAGAGCACGUCAACGAUGGCAUCGAUAACAAGUUACGUCGUCAGGUCACAAGUGAUCCUGACCUCCCACGAACAAACAAGAUAACCCAGAAGCGGAGUAUAGAACUCGGGCAGGGUCCUGAUGGUGCUGGACCAACCCACAUCACUAUUAAUGAGCCCCAUUUCAUUCGCGAGCGUACUGACCGAGUCACAACCUUCCCACGGCUCAACACGAGACAGUCGACGCAACCGCCAGAGGCAUACGAUCCUGCCAGCGGACCUGGAUCCAACCUCAGGAGGGGAAGGUCGAUGACCUUCCGCUCGCUUCAGCGCAGCAACACCGCCCGUACCAUGGAGCCAGCGCCCUACCUAACCUGGGAGCCCACCAUCGGACGAAACUCGUUCUUCGUAGGACUGACAGAGGAACAAAGGGAAGAGCUCGGUGGUAUCGAAUAUCGCGCCCUCAAAACACUCGCGUUGAUCCUGGUUAUAUAUUUCUUCUCCUUCCACGCACUCGGAAUUGUUUGCCUGACCCCGUGGAUCUUGCAUACGCAGCCGUACGGGCAUGUAGUCACCUCGCAAGGUCAAGGUCGUGUCUGGUGGGGGAUUUUUACUGCCGGAUCUGCCUUCAAUGAUUUGGGUUUCACCCUCACCAACGAUUCCAUGAUAUCGUUCGGCAGGGCCAUUUUCCCGCUCCUUUUGAUGACAUUUCUCAUCGUCAUCGGCAACACUGGCUUCCCAUGCAUGUUGCGCUUCGUCAUCUGGGUGGUCUCCAAGUGUGUACCUGUUGGACAUCCUCUCUGGGAAGAGCUACGAUUUCUCUUGGACCACCCCCGUCGGUGCUUCACACUCCUAUUCCCACGGAACGCAACAUGGUGGCUCUUUGCGAUAUUGGUCAUCCUCAACGGGCUUGAUCUCAUCUUCUUCAUAAUUCUCGACCUGAACGACCCUGUCAUUCAACAAAUCCCGCCUGGCAUUCGGUUUGUCGACGGGCUUUUUCAGGCUUCUUCCACAAGGACAGCCGGUUUCUCCGUCGUCAACCUGGCGGAACUUCACCCGGCGAUCCAGGUUAGUUAUCUUAUCAUGAUGUACAUUUCAGUCUUUCCAAUCGCCAUUUCGAUGCGCCGAACAAACGUCUACGAGGAGAAGAGCUUAGGGAUCUAUGGUCCUAGUGACGAGGACGAGGAUGGCAAAGAACCUAGUUACGUCGGCGCGCACUUGCGAAAGCAGCUUUCUUUCGACUUAUGGUACAUUUUCCUGGGUAUGUUCAUCAUCGCCAUUGUGGAAGGAGGUCGACUACAGAACACAAACGAAUAUGCCUUUACCCUGUUUUCGGUACUAUUUGAGAUCGUCUCGGCGUACGGAACAGUUGGCUUGUCUCUGGGUUACCCUACCAGUAAUGCGUCUUUCUCCUCGCAAUUCCACACGCUCUCCAAAUUGGUGAUCAUUGCCAUGCAAAUUCGAGGACGACACCGUGGUCUACCAUACGAAUUAGACCGCGCAAUUCUACUGCCCUCGGAAAGCCUCGAGGAGAAGGAAGCCAGAGAAUCUGAGCGGGUGCUGCGACGAAGAAGGUCGUCCAUCGGAGCCAUGUCUACGAUGUCGGCCGUGGAUGGCAAUAUGGAAGGGCAUCAGUUCCGUCCUGAAACCGGGCUUACCUCUGGUUACUAUUCAGCGGACCGUGACGGUGCUGACACCCGAGCACGAGGCAACACAAAUACCGCAUCUGGCAGUAAUGCCGCUGGACAUGGGAUCAGUGCUCGACGUGGUUUGGGGAUGGGAAUGUUCAAGCUGGCGAACGAGGUGGACGCUAUCAAGGAAGAAACCCCGUUGCAUCACCAAAAAUGA